AUGACUUCUCGCGAUGAGCUGAUACAGCAGGUGCUACAGGAGCUGCAGGAAGCCGUGGACUCCCAGGGGCUGGAGGGUCUUGUGACUGCUGCCCUGGAGGCCAAGCGGGUCUUGUCUUCCUUCACCCUUCCCAGUGGCCGGAAGGAGAGCCUGGGGCUCCAAGUGCUGGAGGUAGAUUCUGUGGCUCUGAGCCUGUACCCAGAAGAUGCCCCCCGCAAUAUGCUGCCCCUGGUGUGCCAGGGUGGGGGCAGUCUGCUGUUUGAAGCGGCCAGCACGCUCCUGUGGGGGGACACGGGCCUCAGCCUGGAGCUGCGGGCCCGCACUGUGGUGGAGAUGCUGCUCCACAGGCAGUAUUACCUGCAGGGCAUGAUCGACUCCAAAGUGAUGUUACAGGCCGUGCGCUACUCCCUGUGCUCAGAGGAGUCCCCCGAGAUGACCAGCCUGCCUCCUGCCACACUGGAGGCCAUCUUCGAUGCAGAUGUCAAGGCCACCUGCUUCCCCAGCAGUUUCUCCAACGUGUGGCAUUUGUACGCCCUGGCCUCUGUCCUUCAGCGCAACAUCUACUCUAUCUACCCCAUGCGCAACCUCAAAAUCCGACCUUACUUUAACCGGGUCAUCCGACCACGCCGCUGCGGCCACAUGCCGGCCACGCUGCACAUCAUGUGGGCUGGCCAGCCCCUCACCAGCCAUCUCUUCCGCCAUCAGUACUUUGCCCCCGUGGUGGGACUGGAGGAGGUGGAGGUGGAUGGUGCUCCUCACCCUGCGCCCGGUCCUCCCUCGCUGGCCCAGCUGCCACCACCAGCCAAGACCCUGGAACUGCUCACCUAUCAGCCUGGCCUCAGCUACUCUCACCUGGGGGAGCACCACCAUGUCACCAAGAGCACCUUCUACCGCUGGCGCCGGCAGUCCCAGGAGCACCGGCAGAAGGUGGCCACCCGCUUUUCGGCCAAGCACUUCUUACAGGACAGUUUCCAUCGGGCCGGGUGCCUCGUGCCUCUGCAGCAGUUCCUCCAGAUGUUCCCCGAGAUCUCCCGCUCUACCUACUAUGCCUGGAAGCAUGAGCUGCUGGGCUCAGCUGCAGACCCUGCCCUGGACCCUGUUCCUAGGGAGGUGACAGCCAUGGCAAAGUUGCUAGGGGAGAAAGCCACCAAGGGGCCAGGGUGCUCUCCACCCGCCGGGUCCAGCCCAGGAAUGGUCUUAAUGCAGCAGGCCAAGUCCUACCUGGAGCGUUGCAUCGCCCUGAACACAAUGGUGCCCUAUCGCUGCUUCAAAAGCAGGUUCCCUGGCAUCUCCAGAUCCACCUACUACAACUGGCGGCGGAAGGCCCUCCGGAAGAACCCCAGCUUCAAGCCAGAACCGCUUGUGGAAGUCCCCCUGGCUCCCCAACCAGUGUCUGUGGGGAAAGAGACUCUGCCCCCUUGGAAGGAUGAGGUGGCAGAGACGGUGGAAAAAGCCACAGAUCAGGGCCCCCCUGCUCCCCGAGAGCUCCCGUCCCCCUGGAGGUCCCUGUCACGUUGGCAGAAACGCCUGCGCGUGGCUGCCCGCAAGCAGGUGCUGAGUGGGUAUCUGCCCUUCUGUCGCUUCCGUCUCCGUUACCCUCAUCUGGCACCCUCUACCUUUUGGGUCUGGAAGAGUCUUGCCCGGGGCUGGCCCAGAGCCCUGGCCAAGCCCCAGGUGCCAACUCCAUGUGUGGGUACUGGGAAGCAGGAGGCCGAGGAGAAGCAGCAGGAGAAGGAGGCUGUUGGGAAUGUGACCGCUGUGAAGGCCCUGCCCGGAGGAACCCCGGCAGUGGGGGCUUCCUUAGAAAAGGAUCCAGAGGAAACUCAGGGAGGAUGGCCUUCCAGAGAGGGCGCCAUGGCCCCGGUUGAGCCCCAUAGCCAUUCCCUGUCCAGCCAGCCUGUGGUGGCAGCAGUGGGUGUGGAGAAUAGCCAGUUGCUGGUGGUGGACGUCCCCACCACAACAUUCAAGGCCCAGGCGAAGCUAUUCUUGCAGAAGCGCUUCCAGUCCAAGAGCUUCCCCUCCUACAAGGAGUUCAGCGCCCUCUUCCCCCUCACUGCCCGCUCUACCUACUACAUGUGGAAGCGAGCCCUUUAUGAAGGCCUUACCCUUGUGGAUGGCUGA